AACCUCAAAUAUUUUCAAGAUUAAUCUAAUGUCAAAAACAAAAACUGAAAAAAACAAUUAUUAAUUUGUAGCCUAGAGAAAAUUAUUAAAAUGCGAGGCAAAUCAAACCAAGUAAGGGCCCAACUGGCUACAAUGAUUGCAGCUGGGAGUUCCCAUAAAGAUCAAGCCGAAAAAUACCGACAAAUCCUCGAGACUAUCCUAAAUGAAUCGGGCGAAGAACUUACCGAAUGUCUUCAAGUUUUUAUCGAAGCCAUUGUUAAUGAGAAUGUGAGCUUGGUCAUUUCUCGGCAGAUUCUGACUGAGAUCAGUCAGCACCUUAUGGGUCUCUCAGAUGAUGUUUCAAAAGCGGUUUCCCAUUUUAUGCUUGACAAAGUCCAACCUAGAGUUAUAUCCUUUGAAGAGCAAGUUGCCAGCAUUCGCCAACAUUUGGCCAAUAUCUAUGAAAGGAAUCAAUGUUGGAAAGAAGCAGCAUCAGUCUUAGUUGGAAUACCUUUAGAAACAGGUCAAAAGCAGUAUCCUGUUGAUUAUAAGCUGGAUACUUACCUCAAAAUUGCCAGAUUAUAUUUAGAGGAUGAUGAUCCUGUUCAAGCUGAAAGUUACAUAAACAGGGCCUCUCUUUUACAGGCUGAAUCUCGCAACGAAGUAUUACAAAUUUAUUACAAAGUCUGCUAUGCCCGAGUUCUAGAUUAUAGACGAAAAUUUAUUGAGGCAGCUCAGAGGUACAAUGAACUUUCAUACAAACCUAUCGUACAUGAAGACGAAAGGAUGACCGCCUUAAGGAGUGCUCUAGUUUGUACUGUUUUGGCUUCUGCUGGACAACAGAGAUCAAGGAUGUUGGCUAUAUUAUUCAAGGACGAAAGGUGUCAACAAUUACCAGCAUUUGCAAUCCUUGAAAAAAUGUAUCUUGAAAGGAUUAUCCAUAAAUCUGAAUUGAUAGAGUUGGGUGCUUUGCUGCAAGCUCAUCAGAAGGCUACAACAAUAGACGGAUCCACAAUUUUAGAUAGAGCCAUUAUCGAGCAUAAUCUCUUGUCCGCUAGUAAAUUAUACAAUAAUAUAAGUUUUAUCGAGUUGGGAGCUCUUCUUGAAAUAGAUCAAGAGAAAGCCGAAAAAAUAGCUAGUCAGAUGAUAACAGAAGGACGGCUGAAUGGUUAUAUCGAUCAAUUAGAUUCGACUGUACAUUUUGAAACGAGAGAAACUCUUCCUCAAUGGGAUAAACAAAUUCAAUCGUUGUGUUAUCAGGUCAAUUCCAUAAUAGAGAGCAUUGGGAAACAACAUCCGGAAUGGAUGAUGAAGAGCAUGGAAGAACAAAUGGUCUCAUAAUUUGAUAUUUCAUAAAAAAAAUACUGUACGAGUUUUAUGUAUUUUCAGAUAAUAUUUAUCAGUUUUUGUGAUUUUUCGGUUUAAAAUUUUAUGAAAUAAAUGUUCAAUUUUGAAUCUUA